CCCGCUACAAAGAGGUCCAGACAGCACACGCCCUUGGAGCUGUGCCUGUGCGACUGUUGAGUGUGUAGUGAGAAGAAAAAGAAUGAAGGACAGAGGCGCGGAGCGCUCUGUGGAGGACCGCUACACGCAGUGGAAAUCCCUUGUUCCCGUCCUCUACGACUGGCUCGCCAAUCACAACCUCGUUUGGCCUUCCCUUUCUUGCCGUCUGAGUAUCUAUCAGCAUUUUGAUUUUGCCCCAAAUUUGGUUGGUAGCUUUGUUUGCAUAACAAUAUGGUACGUUAUGCCUAUUUUCAUUUGCAAAAUGCCUGUUAGAGGAUUUGGAAACCAACUGAUGCUUGUUUUCCACAUUCCACUUUUAGGUUUGUUGGGCGUCCUACUAGUGUUUGCUCUUCACUCGGUUCUGAAGUUUCUCGAUUUCCUGGGUUAUGUGAUUGGAUGGAGAUUGCCCUUUUGGCAUAUUGGCCAGAAAGUUUGUUGUCGGGUCACUGCUAGAAAGAAUAGAAGGCCAACUUACAAGAAUCGUCAGCGUCUAUACCUUUCUGAACAGACGGAUGGUAGUGUUCCAAAUACGCUUGUCAUUGCAAAUGUUGAAGUUGUGAAAGCAAGAGUUGCAGCAGCAGAACACAUAGCACAGUUCAAUGAGGAAUCACGUUCACCGUUCGUGAAGAAGAGCAAGACCAUCAUACACCCUGGCGAGGUGAAUCGUAUCAGGGAACUGCCGCAGAACAGCAAUAUUGUAGCUACUCAUACCGACAGUCCUGAUGUCCUCAUUUGGGAUGUUGAAACUCAGUCCAAUCGUCAACCGGUUUUAGGUGCCACGCCAUCUCGUCCUGAUCUGAUAUUGACUGGACAUAAAGAUAACGCUGAAUUUGCACUAUCUAUGUCGCCUACUGAACCCUUUGUGCUCUCCGGAGGCAAGGAUAAGUCAGUAGUUUUGUGGAGCAUCCAGGACCAUAUAUCAUCUUUGGCAGCAGAAAAAGGAACGCAAAAGUCUCCAGGAUCUAAAAGUGUCGGGUCCAAUGGUAAACCUGAAAGUACGACUGUUCAAGCUCGAGGGAUUUUCCACGGACAUGAUGAUACUGUUGAAGAUGUCCAGUUUAACCCAUCAAGCGCAAUGGAGUUCUGCAGUGUUGGUGAUGAUUCUUGCCUUAUAUUGUGGGAUGCGAGAACGGGCACUUCUCCUGUUGUUAAGGUCGAGAAGGCGCACAAUGCUGACCUUCACUGUGUUGAUUGGAAUCCCAAUGAUAUAAAUCUAAUUUUGACGGGAUCUGCCGAUAAUACUGUUCGCAUGUAUGAUAGAAGAAACCUUACUUCUGGUGGGGUUGGGUCCCCUGUUCACAUAUUUGAAGACCAUACGGCUGCUGUUCUCUGUGUUCAGUGGUCUCCUGCUAAGGCGUCCGUCUUUGGCAGUGCUGCGGAGGAUGGUAUCUUGAAUAUCUGGGAUCAUGCGAAGGUUGGCAAAACCGUGAAUCCUGCUGGAAACUCUGGUUCGCCACCUGGCUUGUUCUUUAAACACGCAGGACACAGGGAUAAAGUGGUCGACUUUCACUGGAACGCAGCAGAUCCAUGGACCAUCGUGAGUGUGUCAGAAGAUGGAGAAAAAACUGGGGGUGGAGGUACACUACAGAUAUGGCGAAUGAUUGACCUGAUUUAUCGACCGGAGGAGGAGGUCAUUGAUGAACUGGAUAAAUUCAAAGAGCAUUUGCUGACAUGUUCUGGUUCUUGAUUUCAGAUUUGGAAAAGCUGUGAAUUAUUUAAUGUAACCAUUAGUACAUUGGAGUUAAUUGGUGGUUUAGUCAUCAAACUUUUGAAGAUGGAAUGGUUAUAUUAAUUAUUUCUCUCUCUUUGUCUCAAGAUGGAAUUAUAAGAUUGGUUAAUCUGUUUUGGCGAUCUUGCGAUUAUUCUAGUUACGUUUAUGUCCAAAUGAUGUUGACUGUUGAGUAUAAUCUUCGCAUCUGGCCAUACAUUGCUCCUUUCUGUAAGGUCUUGUGCUUGAAUUGUAAGGUGAAUUAUUGGGUUUUGAGGUUAUUUAUAUUGUGGGAAAAUUUGUAGAGUUGCACUUGAAAAUGUUUCACCAAG